CUCCCAGCUCUAACUGGGGCAAGGUAUAUCAUAUGAACCUUCUAGCAAAGGCUACAUAUGCAUUCAAAUCAGCCAUUGGCGGUGCUUUCAUUUUUAUUUUCCAAAUGAAGAAUGUGAACCGAUGGCCCUAAUUCGCUGUUCAAGGAAUAACGUGGUCAUUACCUGUACACCUGGACCUCGUUGUGCAAUAUAUACAUUUAGAGCUUAACUGUUUUUAUUACAGGUAAUUACCAUUUUAGUAAGAGGAAAUCGUACAAUGAAUUCAAGACAGUCAUCUGUUGUCCGAAUUGGAGAGAGGAGAUCACUUUCCAGGGCUGAGGUUUUAUCUUUGCUCAACACAUAUAACUGCUUUUUAAAAGAUAAGCCAAAUCUACAGCUAAAUGUUGAUGAGGAAGGAGGCAUGGUGACAGUAGAGGGUUUCCUGGUCAUCUCCUGGGGCGUACGGAGACCCAUCCGCUUGAAAAUACAAGACGAAAAGCAAGUCCUCUCUCUCGCUGCUCAAAAGUCACCAGACCCUAUCAGUCCUUUGGGAAGUAAGAGAGGAAUGACGCGUUGGGGGGAAUACGAUGACCUUCUUAACAUAGAUGAAAUGGCAGAACUGAAACUGGACACUCCAGCCGCACCCACUAACCACAAUACAGUUUGCACAGUAUACGAGAGCAACACAAUGAGACUCCCGAAAAAGAAUUCCGAAUUGGAGGAAGCCUCGAACCUCUUCCGCACCAUGAGCGACGCCUCUCUGGUGAAGAAGAGGGUGAAAACCAGGACAGCGGCGGAGAGGCAGCAGGCCGAACAGCACCGCUUCUCCAUCAAUGGACAUUUCUACAAUUACAAGACCUCUAUCUUUACUCCUUCCUUUGGGACGCCCACCAACGUACGAAUCAAUAGCAAGAUGACAACCCACGAGGUCAUAGCGCAGUUACUUCAGAAGUUCAAGAUGGAGAAUGAUCCACACGAGUUUGCCUUGUACUGCAUUCAUCAAAGUGGUGAGAGGAGAAAGCUGAGCGACUCAGACCUACCUCUGUGGGAGCGGGUUCUUCACGGCCCUUCGGAAAGCAUAAUGAAGAUUUUUUUAAUGGACAGAGAUGAGCAGGAAGUCAGCAAUGAUGUUGCACAGUAUCUGAAUUUCGAGCUGCCUAUUCUGGAAGGAAUCCUUCAGAGAUUGAGAGAAGAAGAGAGCAGAGAGAUACAAAGAAUCUGUUCAAAGUACACACAGCAGCACAAACUCCUCUCACAGUGCCUGGGAUCAAAGCCAAAAACAGAAACUACUGUGUAGAAGAGGAGUGCAUGAGGAACAGGAGUGCAUGAGGAACAGGAGUGCAUGAGGAACAGGAGUGGUAGGACAAGCAUGUGGAAAAGGAGUGGAUGUGGAAAAGGAGUGGAUGAGGAACAGGAGUGCAUGAGGAACAGGAGUGCAUGUGGAAAAGGAGUGGAUGAGGAACAGGAGUGCAUGUGGAAAAGGAGUGGAUGAGGAACAGGAGUGGAUGAGGAACAGGAGUGCAUGUGGAAAAGGAGUAGAUGAGGAACAGGAGUGGAUAAGGAACAGGAGUGCAUGAGGAACAGGAGUGCAUGUGGAAAAGGAGUGGAUGAGGAACAGGAGUGCAUGAGGAACAGGAGUGCAUGUGGAAAAGGAGUGGAUGAGGAACAGGAGUGCAUGAGGAACAGGAGUGCAUGAGGAACAGGAGUGCAUGUGGAAAAGGAGUGGAUGAGGAACAGGAGUGCAUGUGGAAAAGGAGUGGAUGAGGAACAGGAGUGGAUAAGGAACAGGAGUGCAUGAGGAACAGGAGUGGAUGAGGAACAGGAGUGCAUGUGGAAAAGGAGUAGAUGAGGAACAGGAGUGGAUAAGGAACAGGAGUGCAUGAGGAACAGGAGUGGAUGAGGAACAGGAGUACAUGAGGAACAGGAGCACUUGGGCUAUGUGGCUUUUCUGGCUUCACAAAUGAACUGGCAAAAGCAAAGACAGUGAAGCCGGCACAUUUGCUGCAAUGAUUUAUUCCCCUUUGCGAUUACAUUCUGCAAAUAUGUUUCUGUACAUAAUAAUAAUAAUAAUAAUAAUAAUAAUAAUAAUAAUAAUAAUUUCCUUGUUUGGAAAUGGUAAAAUAUACAAUCUAUUUUUAUAUUGUGCAGUCCCAUAAAAUUAUUGUUAUUUUUCCUGUAAUGUAGUAUUGGUAUAAUUUAGCAGGGACUGCUUACAUCUGGGCUGCCCAAGCCUGUUCCCGGAGAUCUACCGUCACGUAGGUUUUCACUCCAACUCAGACAAAGCACACCUCAUUCAACAGCUGGAGAUCUCGUUCAACUGCUAUUUAGAAUCAGACGUGCCAAAUUAGGGUUGAAAUGAAAACAUACAGAUCUCUAGAUCUCUAAGAACAGGGCUGCCCUGUUUUGCAUCAUUUCUGAUCGCUUCCAUCAUUUUCAUUCUUCCUCGUCCCACGUUGACCUGUAUCAAGGACAUGAGUAUGUAAAUAUUUCAGUUAGAUUUUUGAUGAAGCCUGCUCAGAAGUCUUGGAAAAAUUACAUUGGAUAAACAAAUGUUUUCCAGCAGGUUCUUAUGUUUGUGGAGAGUACUGAAGUGUAGCUUAUUUUUCUGUAAGAUGUUACAAAUGUUUGUUAGAUUGGGUACACUACAAUAAGUGCAUGUUGUAAUUUAAACAUGAAAUAAAACCAAUCGAUUUUC